UGGCCAUGCCAUGGACAUAGCUCAUAGAGACCACCUCCUUGCAGCCUUCCACGGCGUCGUCGCCGUCGCCGUGCUCCUCCUCUGCCUCCUCGCAGAGGUUCUCGUCUUCGCCUUGAGGCUGCGCACGGCGCUCUACCUCGUCCCGGUAUCUGCGAUGCUACUCCUCUGCUUCUUCGGGCGCCGCCCGGCGGACAUCGGUCUCGUCGACUUCUCGUGCCUAAAGCCGCCUCGCCGGCUGCGCCUCCCGCUGGCCAAGGUAAUCGAGAACUUCAAGCUCUGCGGCUGCUUCAACCGCGACACCGUGGAGUUCAUGACCAAGGCCAUCCAGGCCGGCGGCAUGGGCAACGAGACCUACCUCCCGCCGGCCAUGCACUGCAUCCCUCCGGCGGCUGCACACGCAGAUGCCAUCCAGGAGGCGCAUGCGCUCUUCUUCCCCACUCUGGACGAUCUCUUCGCCAAGACCGGCGUGGCGCCGUCGGCCGUUGGGGCGCUCAUUGUCAACUGCAGCGGCUUCUGCCCAGCGCCGUCGCUCACGGCCGUCAUCGCCAACCACUACGGGAUGCGCAGCGAUCUAAAGACCUUUAACCUUUCCGGCAUGGGCUGCUCCGCCGGCGUCGUCGCCGUGGACGUUGCGAGCAGCCUGCUGCGGUUGCACUUGCACUCCAUGUCCUGUGCCGUUGUCGUCAGCGCCGAGAUCUUCGCGGGCAGGUUCUACGUCGGCAAUGAGCACGCUAAGCUUCUCCUCAACUGCUACUUCCGCACUGGCUGCUCCGCCGCGCUGGUAACGAACAAACAAGGCAUGGCCGCCGGAGUGCCGAUCAAGUACCGGCUCGUCAGCUCAACGCGCACAAACCAGAUAGCCAACGACCGCAGCUACCGCUCGGGCUACUGGGACGACGACGAGGAGGGCAUUGCCGGCUUCACCGUCGGCCAGGGCGUCGGCCGCAUGUUCAGCGAAAUGCUGCGCGCGCACCUCGCCGCGCUCGGCCUCUCCAUCCUGCCGUGGCGCGAGAAGCUGCGCUACAUGGCCGCGCUGCUGCUGCUGUCACUGCGCAUACGCCGCCACAAACUCGUCGGCUCCGCCGCGCCGACGCCCGACUUCCGCGUGGCGGCAGACCACUUCUGUCUACCGUCAAACAAUCGGCCGAUAAUAUCGAGGCUGGGGCAGGGACUCGGGCUGGGCGAGAGAGAGGUGGAGGCGGCGCUCAUGACGUUCCACCGGUUCGGCAACCAGUCGGCGGCGUCGCUGUGGUACCAGCUCGCGUACCUCGAGGCCAAGGGCAGAGUCCGGGAGGGCGACACGGUGUGGCAGCUCGGCGUCGGGAGCGGGCUGAAGGCCAACAGCUUGGUGUGGCAGCGCGUCGCCGGCGCCGGCGGGCGCGACGGGAGGGGAGCGCUUGGGCCGUGGGUGGACUGUAUCCACCGCUACCCUAUCAAGGAAUCCUAACACAACUUCCUCGAUCGCAACGACUGUGCUAUUAUUGAUCGUGAC